UCAGCCGCUCAGCCGAUGUUUUUCAGAUUUAAUGUCAGUUUCAAGUUAGUUUCAUUAUGAAGGGCUAUAUCAUAUACACUUGAUAACAGUUUGAUAAUUCUUUGUAAUUUGUUUUGUAAACUUUGAUUAACAUUUUGUAAUUCUUAAUAGUAAGCUACAUAAUAGUAGUUGUCAAAAAAUCAACAUUCGAUAAAGAAUUUAAAGAAUAGGCUAUUUAGUGGCUAAUACUUACAUUCAAGGAAUUGCUUGACACGAUGGGGUUGAAAAAUAAGUAUAUUUAAAUCCAUGGUACAAUAUAGCAGUGCUGAGAAUAUUUCUAAAAUAAGUGAACGUGAAUCCAGUUAAAUUACACAAGUUGAAUCACCAUUUGAAUUGUUAGAUUAGGUUAAGACUCAACGAGGUUAGGCCAAAUUCGCUAAUCAGCUGAAUUUGACUUUUGGACUUUCUUUUCAAAUAAACUAAAUCAACUAAGAAAAUAACCAUGACAUCACUGUUAGACCAAUAUGAACAAAAUUCUCAGAGAACUGUGGGUCCUACUGCACCACCAACUCCAGCUGGACCAGAAGUGAAAUCAGCAUCUGGUUUCAUCAAUAUGGCAAUAGAGGAUGAGACACCGAUGUUCUGCAAGCAGAAGGUCAACUUCGCUCCUCCAGACAGGAUCAUGCACAUGUGUGUCAGCAGUGAGCUGAUAGUCUUGGCUAUGAACAAUGGCAUUCUGUUCCGGAUAGACCUCAAACAACCAGAAAAACAUGAAGAAAUUGAGUUUUCCAAGCUGAACCCUCAAUUGAAGUUAAGUGGAAUGUUCCUGGACCCAACGGGUGACCAUCUGCUGAUGAGUUUCGUGCCUCGCAACACUGAUUCGCAGCUGCAAGCAGAACUGUUUUACCUCAACCGAAAAUCCAACAAAAUAAGACCUACAUCUAAAUUCCGUGGACACGAGAUUACGGCCGUGGGCUGGAACUACAACAACGUUCGCUCGGACACCACCAGACCUCUCCUGCUGGGUACCUCCAAAGGUCUCAUCUUGGAGACCGAGUUGUCGAACGAUUCUGAGAGAAUAUUCCAGUCCAGUCUUGAGCAAUAUUGGAAACAGUUGCCAAACUACUUGCCUCUCUAUGGUCCCAAGGACGCUGAAGGAAUGGUGUUUGACAUCGGUAAAGGGAACAGUGCCAUCACAGGUCUGGAGUUCCACAAAGUUCCUAACUUGGAGCGAUAUUUCAUCAUUGCAACUACACCUAACCGCAUCUAUCAGUUUGUGGGCAAUGUCAACAGCUCAGAUGAGAGACCCCUGUUACAGCAGAUUUUCAACAUUUACCUCACUAGGGCAGAAGGCUUCAUAGAGGUGCCCAGUAAGAGGACACUGAAAUACUCAAAACUCCAGUUCUUCUAUCCAAAGUCGACCCAAAGACAUAACCUCCCAACUUCAUUUGCAUGGCUUACAGAAGAAUCCAUAUUUUACGGACAGAUAGAUGUUGCUGGGGAAGGAGACGAAGUGCUGGCAGACAGUCAGAGGCUGAACUAUCCGCUCUCGCCCCCCGCUGCCCCGCCCAUCAACUUUGUCCUCACAGAGUUCCAUGUCCUCCUGCUAUAUCCCAACCGUGUGGUGGGGGUAUCAACACUCAACCAGGCCAUGGUUUUCGAGGACUUCUAUAACGAGUCCUAUGGGAAGUUGGUGUCCAUUACCAAAGACCCAGUAAAGGGUACAGUAUGGGUCAUUGCUGAGAGAGCAGUGUUCCGCUACAAGGUCACUAGAGAGGAGAGGAAUGUCUGGCAGAUUUAUAUGGAAAAAGGUCAGUUUGAGUUGGCAAAAGAUUACUGUGCCAAUAACGAAGCACACUUGGAUCAAGUUCUGUGUAGGCAAGCUGACACGUACUUCAACAACCAAGAAUAUGAAUUGAGUGCUAUUCACUAUGCAGAAACCCAUUCCUCAUUUGAGGAAAUUGCCCUCAAGUUCCUACAAGUGUGGCAGAUUCAGGCUCUGAAGACUUUUUUGAGAAAGAAAUUAGACAAACUUCGGCCGACUGAUCAGACACAGACAACAAUGAUAGUGAUGUGGGUGAUAGAGCUGUUCAUGAACCAGAUGGGCACACUGAGGAAUCAGGGCAAAGAGAUGACAACAGAGUACCUGCAGUUACAGCAACAGCUAGACGAGUUCCUGUCUAUCAGACAAGUCGAGGAGUGUGUAAAGCGGAACAAGGGCACAGUAUAUGACCUGAUGGCGAGCCACGGGGACAAGCAGAGCAUGAUAAGGCUGACAAUUGCCAAUAAAGAUUUCGAGAGAGUCAUACAACAGCAUAUCCACAAGGGGGACUUUUUUAAAGCACUUGAUGUGUUACGGAAGCAAAAGGAGAAAUCACUGUUCUAUCAGUUUGCACCACCUCUGAUCCAGGCGGUACCAAAAGCCAUGGUGCAAGUACUGAUAGAGCAGGGUAAAGCAUUGGACCCGACAAAACUGCUGCCUGCCCUGGUCUCUUGCCAUAGCGACGAUGCUCAGGCCAAUGAGAUAAUACGCUAUCUAGAGUUCUGUGUGGCCUCUAUUAACGUCCAGGAACAGGCUAUACAUAACUAUCUACUGACCCUUUACGCUCAACACAAGCCAGACAGACUAAUGCGAUAUCUAGCAAUGCAAGGUCAAGAACUGAGCAUGAUCAACUAUGAUGUGCACUAUGCACUGCGGCUGUGUCGGGAACGUGGCCUGACUGAGGCGUGUGUUCAAUUGUCAGCACUGCUGGGCCUGUGGCAAUCCGCCGUUGAUCUCGCACUGUCUGUCAGCGUAGAUCUGGCAAAGCAGACGGCCAGUCUACCGACGGGUGAUGACGAGCUCACAAAAAAACUCUGGCUUAAAAUCGCGCAACACGUGGUGAGCAAGGAGAAUGAUAUACAGCAGGCUAUGGAGUUCCUGAGGCAGUCAGACCUGAUCAAGAUUGAAGACAUCCUGCCUUUUUUCUCCGACUUUGUCACAAUCGACCAUUUCAAAGAGGCAAUCUGUGGAGCCUUGCAGGAGUAUAACCAACACAUCCAGGAUCUAAAAGAGGAAAUGGAGGAUGCAACAAAAUCUGCUGAAAUUAUCAGACAAGAUAUUCAGGCAUUUAGGACAAGGUAUACAGUGCUACAGCCGGGAGACACCUGUGCCAUAUGUGAUAACCAACUACUUCUGAGGCCCUUCUACAUGUUUCCCUGUCAACAUCGGUUUCACUCAGAUUGUCUUGUGGCUGAGUUGAGGCCAUACCUGUCACCUGUCCUACAGUCGAGGUUACGUGACCUUCAAAAACAGUUGUCAACAGUUUGCGCAACUGCAUCAGACACCACGUCUGUGGGUUCCACCUCCCUCUCUCUGAGAGACCAACUGAAGACUGAUAUAGAUUCCAUUGUUGCGUCAGAGUGUCUCUACUGUGGUGAUUAUAUGAUUAAUAAUAUCGACCAACCUUUCAUUAAGGACGAGGACUUUGACCGCAUCACAAAGGAAUGGGAGUGAUUAUGUAUAACUACUACCAUAACUUAAUCAUAAGCUGCAGGUUAAGCUUUGUAAUUAUAUAUAGUGAUAUAGCUUAAUUUAUAUACUGGUAUUAUUUAUAGCUGAAUGUUAUUGUUUGUUAUUGUUAUCCCUUUCAUUAGUUAACAUUUUUUACAAGAAUAAGGAAAGAAAGGUGUAGUAUUAAGAUGGCUCACAGUUAUAUAAUAAUUAUAGAUUUGUUUUUAGUUACCAUUUGUAGACUUUAAUUUUAUGCAUUGUAUUUGUACUGUUUCUCAUCUGUAAAAAAUUGAACAGUUGAGGUAUUAGCAAAUAAAAAAAAAAUUUAUCAAUUUUAUAA